GGCUGUGUGAGCCAGAAGUCCUUACCAGCUUAGAGAAGACUUACAGUCCCUUCUUCAGGAACAGCUCAGAAAAAAUGAGUGUCGAGGAAGAAAAUUUUCGGAAGAGAAAAUUGCCUGUGGUAAGUUCAGUGAUUAAAGUGAAAAGAUUCAAUCAGGAUGGAGAGGAGGAGGAGGAGGAAGACGAUGACUACGGCUCCCGCUCUGGAAGCGUCUCCAGUAGUGUGUCGGUGCCAGCCAAGCCUGAAAGGAGACCUUCCCUGCCGCCUUCUAAGCAAGCUAACAAGAAUCUGAUUUUGAAGGCUAUAUCUGAAGCGCAAGAAUCUGUAACCAGAACAACAAACUACUCUGCAGUCCCACAAAAACAGACACUUCCAGUUGCUCCUAGAACUCGGACUUCUCAAGAAGAACUGUUGGCAGAAGCGGCCCAGGGGCAGAGCAGGGUGCCCAGAGUAAGUCCUACGACCAAAGCAGAGGAGGCCAAAGGAGAGAUGGUAGAGAAACGUCAAGGACCACAAGAGAGACAGUUGCUCUCCCGACUGCAAAUUGAUCCAGUAAUGGCAGAAAGUCUGCAGCUCACUCAAGAUUACUCUGACAUGGAGUCCAUGGUCCAUGCAGACACGAGAUCGUUUAUUCUGAAGAAGCCAAAGCUGUCUGAGGAGAUAGUCGUGGCACCCACCCACGAGUCGGUGAUGAAGACUGCAGAAACCCUUCGGGUACUUUCAGGACACCUUAUGCAGACGCCACGAGAUCUUGUACAACCAGAUAAACCUGCAAGUCCCAAGUUUAUAGUGACGCUGGAUGGUGUCCCCAGUCCCCCAGGAUACAUGUCAGAUCAAGAGGAAGACAUGUGCUUUGAAGGAAUGAAACCAGUAAACCAAACUGCAGCCUCAAACAAGGGACUCAGAGGUCUCCUCCACCCACAGCAGUUGCAGUUGAUGCGCAGGCAGCUUGAGGACCCCAAUGGUAGCUUUGCAAACGUGGAGAUGAGCGAACUGAGUGUGGCCCAGAAACCAGAGAAACUUCUGGAGCGCUGCAAGUACUGGCCUGCUUGCAAGAAUGGGGAUGAGUGUGCCUACCACCACCCCGUCUCACCUUGCAAAGCUUUCCCCAAUUGUAAGUUUGCUGAGAAAUGCUUAUUUGUUCACCCAAAUUGUAAAUAUGAUGCAAAGUGUACUAAGCCAGACUGCCCCUUCACUCACCUGAGUAGGAGACUCCCAGUUCUGCCUCCCAAGCCAGCAGUUACAACGCCAACACCACCUUCUAGUACUCAGCUCUGCCGUUACUUUCCUGCCUGUAAGAAGAUGGAAUGUCCCUUCUAUCAUCCAAAACACUGUAGGUUUAACACUCAGUGUACAAGACCUGACUGUGCGUUCUACCAUCCCGCCAUUACUGUACCACCACGCCAUGCCUUGAAAUGGAUUCGACCUCAAACCAGCGAAUGACACCAAGGCCUCCCGGCAGAAGACGAUCGGUUGUGAGAGUUGCCAUCUACUGAUGAGAGACUUUCAACCAAACUUGUCAAAUCUUUGAAACUUGGAAUAUAUUGCUUUCGUAAUAUGAAGUGUAUUACCUAUCUGAAGUGUGUCUGAUUUUUCAAGUCUGUAAGUUGUUCAGUGGUUUUAACAUUGGCUGUUUUUAUUGUUGUUCAUUUUGUUUGUUUUUACUAUGGAAAGACAGUUGAAGGACAGCUAGUCAUCAGGCAUGUCUAUCACUGCUGUUCUAAGAAUCCGCAUUUAUAAUAGUAGGCACCGUUUCAAAAUCCACCAUAACGACGGAAGUGUAGCCAAGUGUUGAGGAUGCUUUAAAAAGCCAUCAGCUUUGUGUGUGUCCUGUUCUGGGUUUUGAAGUGGAAUGACUCUUGAAGCAAGCUGGCCUCUCAGGAUGAGUGCUAUUCCCUCAAAAUGAUUCCUCCCUCCGAGGAAGCGGGAGAGAGGUGGUGUGGGAACAGAUGAAACAGCGAGUGCAAAAAUGUGAACAAGUCCUUAAAAUGCUUUCAUUUACUAUUAACAUGUUCUUUAAAUAAAUAUUUCGGGGAACUACAUUAUCACAAAAUUAUACAAAUUUUUUUUACAUGUAUGUACACAAAGUAUCAGAAAACAGACUUUAAACUUACAAGACUUAGCCAUACAUAUAUUGUCUCACAUUCUGAAAAAUAACAUUCUUAGAAAUGACUUCACAGAAAAUAUACUUAGUUCCUACUAAAGAUAAUUUUUAAGAUGUAAAAGUUAGAUUUAAAUAGUAUAUUUUAAAUGACAGAACUAUAUAUAAUUAAGAUCAGAUGGGUAAACCUCAAAAUAGGACUAAACUUUUGGAUUAUUGAAUUACUAUUGAGUUUCGUGUGUAUGGUUUUUAAAAUUGUUAAGGCAAGAAGUGUCAAAUGCUUUAGAAUUAAAUAACAACAGGAUCUCUGAUUUUA